CAACAUCAUCAUCAGCGUGUUUACCCCCUUUAAAGUUCAGUUGAGGGGCCACCAAUUUUCAGCGCUUGCAACAAGUUCAGGAUGUCUUUGUUCUCCAGCUUACCCCCUGCAGGGAAGCGCGAUGGACAGGAAAAACGGGCGCCCCAGGCGAUCCAGAAAGUGCCGCUGUUGGAGGAAACGACAGAUGAUGCUGCGCAAGCAAAAGGAGACGGUGGUGCAGCAGGGAGGGAGGGGGCCAGCCCUGACGCAGUGAUCAGCGCCAUGGCCAAAAUUGCUGCGCACAUUGACACCGCCAAAAAGUUCAGCAAGGCAUCGAAGCUGGCGCUGCAGCUUCUGGAAGCAGGUAGUGUCAACAGGGGGAAUGCGGGGCAGUUUUUUGAGAUCCUGGAGCGGGCAAUGGAGACGCCUGCCAACAGCAAUGACCUGGCCCUCAGAGAAGACUACCGGGCGCUUUUCAGUGCAGCGGAGGAGAGGAAAAGCAUCUUCUCAGAGGCGCAGCAGGCAAGGCUGGAGGUGUGGCUCCUGCAGACGGUCCUGGCAAACGAGCUCCACACUGACGACACGUUUCAGUUUUCCCGUCUCGUAGGAAAGGUCAAGGAAAUUCUCGAAGCUCUUCCUCAGUACGCUGAAGGCGACGAGCUUCCCGCUGGCCCCCCGCUUUUGGAGUACGGCCAGGCGCUACCAGAACCGUCCGCAGCACCUCUAGAAGGUUUCGGCCCCGGGCUUUUGAACUCAGAGCCUCGAGAAGCUCUUGAUGAACCCGGGGUAUCGAGAGGGGACUCGGAAGAAGGGGCGAAGAAGAAGAAGCGGAAAAAAGUUGAAAGCCCAGAAGAUGAUGACCCGUUCGGUUUAGAAUCAAUGCUUCCAGGGACAGCGGGGGUAGAGAGUGAUCCUUUUGGUCUGGAGGAUAUGAUUCCAAAGGAGGUGCGGCGAAAAGAAGAGAAGGCCAAACGGAAGCGAGAGGAAGAGGAACGAUUUGCUCGGGAAGAGGCGGAGGGGAGGCGGCUGCUGGCGGGGCGCAGGGCGGCAGUGAUGGCGUGCCUCAGAGCCGCGGAGUCCCAGUACAAGUACACAUGGGCUAAAACGACCGUUGAGAUCCUGAUCAAGCUGGCGUUUGACAACCUCGCCCGCUUCACACCUCCCCAACAAGCAGAGAUUGAGUCGCUCUGGACGACCGUGCGGAAUGAGCAGAUUCGACGGAAGCAAGGCAAGGCAGGGACUCACAAGUUGGGAAAGCAGGAAGUGACUUCGUACGAGAGGGCAGCUUCCAAGUGGGCAGGCGAGAAAAUAAGCAUACGAAGCGCGGUGGGUGGAGAAGGUGAUGGUUCAACCGUAACUUGGCUUGGAUGAGAGUCUUUGAGGGCCAUUUUAUGUCAACAAGUGUCACGCUUCUGUGACCGCUCAACAAAUGCUUAAGGAGCUAAAAGUAUGAAGUCCUCAUGCCAGUGCCUUGACUUUUGGGGUUCAAUGCCAGCG